CCAAAUUCAUCACCAAAGGACACGUUAAGUGCAAGUUUAUUUAGUGCACUUCCUCUCCCCUUUCGCCGGAGAAUGAACAGAAUGAAACCUAACCCCAAAAACAAAGCACAUACCGCAGCAAUUGACCCAACGAGUAUUCCCUUCCUCUUGUUUCUUUGUUUCACCGGACCAACUAUUGGCGGCUCUGCAACAGUAGAGUUUGGUGGGGGUGGUACCGGUGGUGAUUGGCUGGCGUUCGUGGGCGGACUGAUCAUUGGUGUGUCAGCACUGGAGUUUACCGACGGCGGUGCGGCCGUUGGUGUAAUUAACGGAGGUGGUGGUCCCUCAGUUGACGGGGGUGAUGGUGGAGGAGUUGACCGGGGUGGUGCUGACGGAUUUGACGGGGGUGAUGGUGGCGAAGAUAACGGGGGUGGUGGUGCCGUAGUUGAUUGAUUCACAGGGCGCUGGUGUAAUUGGUUUCCGGGGGGGUCAUAGUUACAAACAACAAAAGUGCCACCACCGCUGCAAUUUAUUUUUGCACAACCAAGACGGAUCGAGUUCCCCCAGAUGACCUGAGUGUAAUUACCCGCAGGAUUCUCCCUCAAGGCAGGUGUUUGAUUCAAGGU